AUGAUAGCCGAGACACCUGCUAUCCCAAAGGCAACUUCGCUCGGUGCAGCUAAAAGGCCCCACGACAACACCCCAGAUGGCCCCGGAAACAGAAACAAGCGCUUGAAGCUUGCCCAGUCCAGCGACUCACCGGGCGGUCUUCCCAACAACACUCUCAAUCCCUCUCCACCUCUUUCUCCCCCUGGGCCGCCCACCCUCACCCAGAGGCCCAAGGUACCACUGAAUAUCUACGUCUGUGGAGGAAACAGUGGUGGCGAGCUUGGCCUUGGCCCUGCGGUCAAAUCGGGGAACAUCCGCCGGCCGCGCUUGAACCCAUAUCUGUCCGGUACUGUUGGCGUUGUCCAUGUCUCUACCGGAGGCAUGCACGGCGCUGCCCUCACGCUGGACAACAGGAUUCUGACAUGGGGCGUGAACGACUCCGGCGCACUCGGACGCAACGUGUCGUGGGAUGCAGAGGCCGACAACAUGGUUGAUGCCAGCGACGGCGAUAGUGACGACGACGACGACGACGACGACGGAGCUGCCCUAAACCCCAGGGAAUCGACACCGACAGAAGUCGAUAUGAGCGCCGUUGCUCCAGGCGUCGUCUUCACUCAUCUGGCCACCACCGAUAACGCAACCUUUGUCCUCAGCAACACUGGCCUCCUGUAUGGCUGGGGAACAUUUCGAUCUAAUGGGGGCGACCUGGCCUUCUCCCCAAAUGUUGAGAUCCAAUGGCGACCCGCUCUCAUCCCAGCACUCAAGGACGUCGUCAAGGUAUGCGGCGGCGCCAACCAUGUUGUCGCUCUGACACUUGACGGCUCCGUGUAUACAUGGGGCAAGGGCACCGAAAGUCAGCUCGGGCGGCGCUUCUCGCCGCGCAUUGUGAACUGGGCCAAAGAGGGCCUUUUACCCCGCCGAGUUGCCGGCCUGAAGCGCAUUGUCGACAUCGGAACCGGUGCCAACCAUUCGUUCGCCGUGGGCCAUACCGGCGGCGUAUCCAGCUGGGGUCUCAACAACGCCGGCCAGACCGGAGCGCCCCACAACUUAGGAGAGUACGGGGGCGCCGUACCCAUCCCGACCCCCCUCAAAGGUCUCGGGGUUUUUGGAAAGAUCACCCAGAUCACCGGCGGCAGUUUCCAUAGCCUCGCCGUCACCCACGACAGCACAUGCCUUGCCUGGGGCAGGGUCUACUCAUUUGCCACUGGGAUGAAGCUCGACUCCCUGCCAGAGAAGUCUGUGGUUUGCGACUCCCGCGGCCGACCUAGUAUUCUCGAGCACCCGACCGCGGUGGGAGGAGUUUGGGCGUCGUUCGUAGCCGCCGCGAGCGAACAUAGCGUUGCCGUCACGCCAUUGCGCCAGGUCUACACGUGGGGGCUCAACAUCGACGGCCAGAUUGGUCAGAGGGGUGACGAGGUCAAGACUGCGACGUUGCUCAACCACUCCUCAAUACAUGCGAAGAAGAUUGUGUGGGCCGGCGCGGGCGGCCAGUACAGCAUGUUUGCCGAAAACCAGGCUGUCACAGCCGUGAGCCCCCCCCAGCAGCAGAACGAUGAUAAGGACGACGGACUGGAGGAUGACUUGGUUAACAGUCUCUCUGCAAGCGUCAAGCGCUUGUUGUGA